GUAUAGGAAGUGAUCUCUUGACUCGUAUUGUGUUAUCGCUAUCACCACCGGACUCGUGAGGAAUGGGCAACAUAUUCGCCAAUCUGUUCAAAGGCCUCUUUGGCAAGAAGGAGAUGCGGAUCCUUAUGGUGGGUCUGGACGCCGCCGGAAAGACCACAAUCUUAUAUAAACUGAAAUUAGGCGAAAUCGUCACCACUAUCCCCACCAUCGGGUUUAAUGUGGAGACCGUUGAGUAUAAGAACAUCUCAUUCACGGUGUGGGACGUCGGCGGUCAGGACAAGAUCCGACCCCUUUGGAGGCAUUACUUCCAGAACACGCAGUAUUGGUUUAAUGUGGAGACCGUUGAGUAUAAGAACAUCUCAUUCACGGUGUGGGACGUCGGCGGUCAGGACAAGAUCCGACCCCUUUGGAGGCAUUACUUCCAGAACACGCAGGGAUUGAUAUUCGUUGUCGACUCCAACGAUAGGGAGCGUAUCGGCGAAGCCCGCGAAGAGUUGAUGCGAAUGUUGGCGGAGGACGAGCUCCGGGAUGCGGUGCUUCUCAUAUUUGCAAACAAACAGGACUUGCCGAACGCCAUGAACGCGGCUGAGAUCACCGACAAGUUAGGGCUGCACUCCCUGCGCAACAGGAACUGGUACAUCCAGGCCACGUGCGCCACUUCCGGCGAUGGCCUGUACGAGGGUCUCGAUUGGCUCUCCAAUCAACUUAAGAAUCAAAAAUAACUUUUUUAAACCAAUUAUUUACUUCGAGACACAUAUUGUUUUUUUCUGUGAAAUUAGUUUCUUUGAAAAUAUUAAUAUCAAACUUAAGACCAAUCGGACGAUAUAAGUGACACUCCAUUAUAAACUAAUUAAAUAAUUACCGCGCUUUCGAUAUAUGAUUGGAUUUUCUUGUUUUAAUUAUCUGUUUUUUCUCUGCGCUCUUAUUAUCUAUUCAUGUCUUCUCUAAAUAUAUAUAUAUAUAAACAAAACGUC